GGCUUUCGCCGUUGCGACGCUCAUACGAACGACUCAGCCACCACUGUCAGGCGGCGCAGCACGCGGGUUUCUUACACUGAAAUUUCGACGGUCAGUGCAUCAUCCAAACGACGAGCUUUUCCUCGCAUAGGAAAGCGUGAAGAUGUCUUCCAGUGUUGCGAAGACCUCCAAGUACACCUACCGCUCCAGCGGGGGCGGUAGCGCCGACGUCUCCAUCGAAUACAGCGCGGACCUCAGCGCCCUUACCAGAUUAGAGGACAAAAUCCGACUACUCCAAGAAGACUUGGAAAUCGAGAGGGAACUCAGACAAAGGAUUGAAAGGGAGAAAGCCGAUUUGAGUGUCCAAGUAAUCCAGUUAUCCGAACGUCUGGAAGAAGCCGAAGGUGGCGCUGAAAGUCAGUUCGAAAUUAACAAAAAACGCGACACUGAACUGUUGAAAUUGCGCAAACUCCUCGAAGAUGUCCAUCUGGAGUCGGAAGAGACCGCAGCGAUUUUGAAAAGGAAACACCAAGAGAUCGUCGUCGAUUUUCAAGAACAGAUUGAUUCGCUCAGCAAGGCCAAAUCCAGAGCCGAGAAGGAAAAAAGCAAAUUCCAAAGCGAAGUCUACGAACUCUUGGCCCAAGUCGAGAGCUUGAAUAAGGAACGUUUGGUUUCGAUUAAACAUGCCGAAAAAUUAGAAAUCACCAUUACUGAAUUGAAUGUGAGGAUUGAAGAGUUGAACCGCACGAUUGUUGAUAUCACCUCGCACAAGACCAGGUUGGCGCAGGAGAAUCUUGAACUCACCAAGGAAGUCCAAGAUAUCAAGGUGACCCUUGAGAACGCCAACUACUUGAAGAGUCAACUCGCCAGCCAGCUCGAGGAUGCCCGCCGCCGCGCCGAAGACGACGAACGCCGCCGCUCCCUCCUGGAAGCCCAACUCCACCAAACCGAAGUCGAGCUCGAAUCAGUCCGCGUCCAACUGGAAGAAGAAAGCGAAGCUCGCCUUGACCUCGAACGCCAACUCGUCAAAUCGCAAGGCGAAGUCCAAGUCUACAAAUCCAAGUAUGAAGCCGAGUGCGCCGCCCGCGCUGAAGAAGUCGAAGAACUCCGUCGCAAGUACACCGCGAGAAUCACCGAACAGGAAGAACACAUCGAAGCUCUCUUGGUCAAGAUUAACAACCUCGAGAAGCAGAAAUCGCGACUCCAAUCCGAAGUUGAAGUCCUCAUCAUCGACUUGGAGAAGGCCAACAACACCGCCAGGGAGUUGCAAAAGAGGGUAGAGCAAUUGGAGAGGAUCAACAUCGAUUUGAAGACUAGGUUGGAGGAAACCGUCAAUUUGUACGAGCAGACCCAGAGAGACCUCCGUAACAAACAACAGGAGUUGCAAAGGACUGUCCACGAGUUGGACAAGACGAGGGAGCAGAAGGACCAACUCGCGAGGGAAAACAAGAAGUUGGGUGAUGAUCUUGGUGAUGCCAGGAAUACCAUCAGCGAGUUGACAAGGCGUUUGCAUGAGUUGGAGUUGGAACUCCGCAGGUUGGAGAAUGAGAGGGAGGAACUCACGGCUGCGUACAAGGAAGCCGAAGCUGGACGSAAAGCUGAAGAACUUAGGUCCCAGAGGUUGUCUUCGGAGUUCGCCCAAUUCCGCCACGAAGCCGAAAAGCGGCUCCAAGAGAAGGAUGAAGAGAUUGAAGCCAUCCGCAAGGCCACCAGCAUUGAAAUCGAGCAACUUAACGCCCGCGUCGUCGAGGCCGAGACCAGGCUCAAGACCGAAGUCCAACGCAUCAAGAAGAAGCUCCAAAUCCAGAUCACCGAAUUGGAAAUGUCCUUGGAUUCCGCCAACAAGACCAACAUCGACUUGCAGAAGACUAUCAAGAAGCAGUCGUUGCAACUUACUGAACUCACGGCGCAUUAUGAUGAAGUCCAAAGGCAAUUACAGGUUACCCUAGACCAACUUAGUGUAUCCCAGAGGAAGAUUCAAGCGCUGACUGCUGAAGCCGAGGAGAUUAGAGGCAACUACGAGUCGGCGCUUCGUGGAAAGAGGGCUGUCGAACAAGCGUAUGAGGAAGCUGGAACUAGGAUCAACGAACUUACUACCAUUAAUGUUAACUUGGCUUCCGCUAAGAGCAAGAUUGAGCAAGAGUUGUCGACUAUUGUUGCCGAUUAUGAUGAGAUUACCAAAGAGUUGCGCAUUUCGGAUGAACGCUACCAACGCGUCCAGACCGAGUUGAAGCACACCGUGGAGAUCCUCCACGAAGAACAAGAGCGCGUGGUGAAGAUCGAAGCCAUCAAGAAAUCCCUCGAGAUCGAAGUGAAGAACCUGUCCGUCCGUCUUGAAGAAGUCGAGGCCAACGCCAUUGUCGGCGGUAAGCGCAUCAUCAGCAAGCUCGAGGCCCGAAUCCGCGACAUCGAGUCCGAACUCGACGAGGAGAAGCGCCGCCAUGCUGAGACCAUCAAGAUCUUGCGUAAGAAGGAACGCACCGUCAAGGAAGUGAUGAUUCAGUGCGAGGAAGACCAGAAGAACAUCGCAUUGUUGACCGAGUCUUUGGAGAAGGCCAACGGCAAAGUCGCUCUCUUCAAGCGACAACUCCAGGAACAGGAGGGCGUUUCGCAGCAGAGCGUGACCCGCGUGCGCCGCUUCCAGCGGGAGUUGGAAGCCGCCGAAGACCGCGCCGACACCGCAGAGAGCAGUUUGUCGCUUAUUAGGGCCAAACACCGCACUUUUGUGACCACCAGCUCCGUGCCUGGCUCCCAGGUUUACCUGGUGCAGGAGACCAGAACCAGUGAGCAGAUGUAACUGCCGAAGCGAUCGCCGGAUCGUCUGUCUGAGCACACCUAACGAUCGAAGACACUCGAACCGGUCCAUGUUGUUCAUUUGAUUCAUUAUUUUUUAAUUUAUUUUAUUUUUUUCCGUUCGUGCACAUAAUGUUGAUGAAAAUUAUUAUUAUACAUAUAACUACCACUCUCUUUUAAAGAUUGUUAUUAAGUUAUUAACAGAAAGAAACAUACACAUUUCAUACGCACUAUUAAUAAACGAACAUGAGCGAUUUUUAUUUGUUUCGUGUAUCGCGACGUGUCUCUUAAUACGUAACUCGAGAAGGCUGUAAGGAAAUUUGUAGGUUUCAGGAUGUUAGGAUUAUCAUCUGUUAACUUCCACAAGGAUGCAGGAGUAAUGUACUAUGUAAGUUUGAAUGUAUUGUGUAAGAAUAAAUUGCUUGUAUACAA